AUGGACGCACGCUUUGGACAGGUGCCGCUCACCGUUACGCACAGGUACGGCGGGGUGAACCAGCUCGGUGGUGUCUUUAUUAACGGGCGCCCGUUACCGCACGUGAUAAGACAGCGCAUCGUGGAGCUCGCGCAACGGGGCGUGCGUCCCUGUGAGAUCUCCCGCUGCCUGCGCGUCAGUCACGGCUGUGUCAGCAAGCUACUGGCGAGGUACAAUGACACAGGAAGCAUCAGACCGGGCGUGAUUGGAGGCUCUAAACCCAAAGUGGCCACUCCCAGAGUUGUACAGAUGAUCCUACACCUGAAACACACUAACCCCACCAUGUUCGCCUGGGAGAUCCGAGACAGGCUGCUGCUGGAGCGAGUGUGCAACCAUGACGGCGUGCCCAGCAUCAGCUCCAUCAACAGGAUCAUCAGAAACAAAGUACAGUCCGAGUCUUUAUCAUCGGCAUCAUCUGUUGCAAUGGGAACAGCCUAUUCCUCUGAGUCCACCUAUUCCAUCAGUGGAAUUCUGGGAAUAAGGAAAUGCAGCAAACAUGCAGAAGUGUGCGUCUCCCUGGCCUCCCCUCCAGCAAGAGGGAUUAAAGGAGGAGAUGGGAGAUGCCAGAGGGACCCGAGGGGUCAAAGAACACCGCUGAGAAAGAAAUCUGUGGCCAGCGAUGGGCAUCAGUCUGUGGGAGGCAUGUAG